AUGGGCUAUGAAGUAGAAAGAUUCGUAGACAAAGUUCCAAACUCUUUUUUAUGUCUUAUUUGCCAUGAAGUCGUAAAAAAUCCUAAAGAAUGCACCUCUUGUGAAAGCCUCUUCUGUGGGGAUUGUAUUGCAGCUUGCAUAGAGCUGAACGGAUACAUCUGUCCUAAUCGCUGCGAAAAAUCAGAAAUGCAAAGACCAGGCAGGAUAAUCCGAACAAACUUAGAAGACCUACUACUCAGAUGCAAAUACGCUAAGAACGGCUGCGGAAAAGUGGAUAGAGUUGGUCGAAUUGAAAUACACGAGCAAGAUGAGUGCCCCUAUAAUUGUGACAUCAAGAAAUGUGCAAGUCCAAUCUGCAACACAAAAGAAGCUGUUGAAAAUAUGAUAUUAUUUGCCACCCCUGAAAAACCUUCAACUCCUGACAUUUAUGUUUGCUCACUGAAAUGUGCAGCUACAUUGGAAUUUCAAAAUAUUUUAAACACAUCAAGAUCACAAGAAGAAAUGCUUCGACGGCUUCAAAGCCGAUUUAUGGAAAAUAUUAAUAAUAUUGUUGCCCUUAGCAGUCCUAUUACGUCUAUUCAUGAACAAGAUAAUGAAAAACCAAUCAUUUAUAGCUCAACUACAAAGGUCAAAAAAGAUGCGGUAGAGCUGCCUGAUGGCUCUGUAUACACAGGAGAAUGGACUCUAGAUGGACGAAUUGAAGGAAAAGGAGUACAGACUUGGCAGGAUGGGGCAAGGUAUUCUGGAGAAUUUUUAAAUGGAGAAAAGCAUGGAUAUGGCAAUAAAACUACCAGUAAUGGUCAAAGCUAUUAUGGGUUCUGAAAACAUAAUAAUAGAUCAGGCCAUGGGACUUAUAGAUGACCAAGUGGAAGCACCUAUACAGGCAAUUUCAAGCAUGGCGAUAACCACGGAUGGGGCAAAUAUACCUGGCAUAAUGGAAAAAUCUAUGAAGGAGAGUACAAAAAUGACGAAAAAGAUGGAUUUGGAGCUAUGAUUUUUCCAGAUGGAAGACGAUACGUCGGGGAAUGAAAGCACAACAUGCAUCAUGGCAAAGGAGUUUUAACUAACAGUGAUGGGAGUGAGUAUCAAGGCGAGUUUGUUGAUGACAUGAAGCAAGGAUAUGGAGUGAUGAGAUUUCCUGACAAUUCCAAACAGAUUGGAUAUUGAGAGUCCGACAAGCUUCAUGGAGUUGUUACUUUUAUUUCUAAAGACGACCAAAAAGAAGUCCAGCUCUGGAGAAAUGGACAAAGAAUAAACCUUGGUUAA